AUGGUGAAUGCUCCCGAUGAAUGCGACUAUGGUACAGACUACCCUAUAGAAGUUAUUGGAAAAUGUACUAGAUUAGCAAGUUGCAGAGGAACUCACCCAUCUCUCGUGGUUCUCGAUGCCACUGCAAAACUGCUGAGUGCUAUAAACCCUAUAGUGAGUGUGACCCUGUUUCGUGUUAGUGACAUGGUAUAAUUACUGUGACAACUGUGCUAAGAUUUAGUGGAAAAAGUUCAGCAAUACCCCUUGGUCCUGCAGCAAUGGGAUAUACGAUGUGGAACGCCGUCGGAAUAGUUUUCUUCGUAAUAGGUGAGUUUCGGUCAUGUUAGCUUUAGCAGAACUUGCGGAUAAUUA